CACUAAAAAAAAAAAAAAACUAAUCUCCUCAAUUUAGUUGAGUGUAACCAGACUUGAUGCGGCAUCAUAUUUGAGUACAGGAAAUCCGAUUUAGAAAAACGUGUUAUUUUACGUGUGAAUGAAAAUUGAUUGAACUACAAGGAUUAACCGUUAAAGGAUUAAUCCGGUUAAUCUUUAGAAGAGGUUAACAAUAAGGUUGCAGUUCUCACCUUGGGAGUAUACAUAUAUACAUGUAAAUACAAAUCUUAAGGUGUGGACAUGCCAUUCAUCAAACUCAUAUGAGAUUAAGAGAGCAUCAUAAAAGAACAACAAAAAACAAUGGUAUGAUUGUAUGCACAAAUGACAAAGAGCAUAUUCAUGUAUGAGAGGUGAUGAUGCUAUGAUGUUAAAGCAAAGAAAAAACACACAAGUAUUUCCUUGUGAAUGUUGAAAAGACAAAAAUAAGAAUAUGAAUAACGAUGCGAAGCUUUUCAAGUUCGGAUUUCGUUGGUAAUCAUCAUCCAACGAGCCAUAUGAAAAUGCAAUCAGACAAGAAAUAAGUUGUGGGACUCAUGGUACCGCUUUUUUACAAAGAUAUUAUUUGCUUAAAGAAAUAUGCAAAUAAACACCGGAGAAAAGGCAUACAAGUGUGCGACUUGUGGGUCUGUGUUUGCUCUUAAGGUUUCUUUACAAAGACACGUUAAAAUUCAUACUGGUGAGAAGCCCUUCAAGUGUGUUACAUGUGGUGUUGCUUUUUCUAGGAGAGAUAAGCUAACAAAUCACAUGAAACAUCACUCAGGAAAACAUGAAAAUUCUGUACCUAAUUUAUCUCGAUUGCCAAGCUGUAUGAAUUCACACAUUGGAGGGAAGCAACAUAGGUGCGAGACAUGCGAGGCUUCUUUUCUGAAUAAAUCUGAUUUACAUAAACACAUGAGAAUACACACUGAUUGCAAACCAUACAAGUGUGAUAUGUGCGGCGCUUCUUUUUAUCAUUACUAUUAUUUACACAACCAUAUUUAUAAACACAUUAUGGAAAUGCCAUACAAGUGUGCGACUUGUCUGUCUGCGUUUUCUGAAAAGGUUGCUUUACAAAGACACAUGGGAAAACAUACUGGAGAGAAGCCAUACAGGUGUGCGACUUGUGGGUCUGCGUUUGCUUUAAAGGUUACUUUACUAAGGCACGUUAAAAUUCAUACUGGCGAGAAGCCCUUUAAGUGUGUUACAUGUAGUGCUGCUUUUUCUAGGAGAGAUAAGCUAAAAAGUCACAUGAAACAUCACUCAGGAACACAGGAAAAUUCUUUACCUAAAUUAUCUCCACCGCGAUAUACGCAAAUACACACUGAAGGGAAGCCACACAUGUGCGAGACAUGUGCUGCUACUUUUACAUUGAAGUCUAAUUUACGUAAACACAUGAUGAUACACUCUGGUGAAAAGCCUUACAAGUGUGAUAUAUGUGCCGUUUGUUUUACUCGAUACAACCAGUUACAAAACCAUAUUAAUACACACAUAGGAUUGAAGCCAUACAAGUGUGAUACAUGUGGAAUAGCGUUUACUCAAAGUGGAGGUUUACAGAAGCAUUUAAGAGUACAUACUGGAGAGAAGCCCUUUAUUUGCGAGGCAUGUGGUGCUGCUUUUGCAUGGAAACAUAAGUUACAAAUUCACAUGAGAAUACACACGGGAGAAAAACCAUUCAAGUGUGCAGAGUGUGGUGCUGCAUUUUCUAGGAAAGAUAAGCUUCAAAGACGCAUGAUAAGACAUACAGAAAAGAACGCAAAGGCUUUACCUCAUUCAUCGCAUUUGCCAAACAGUAUGAUUGAUAACACUAGAGGGAAGAAACAUAAGUGUGAGACAUGUGCUGCGUCCUUCAUUGAUGCGCAUAACUUACGUACACACAUGAGGAUACACACCGGAGAAAAGCCAUACAUGUGUGUUGUCUGUGGCGCUUCUUUUAAUCAAAGAGGCCAUUUAAAAGUCCACAUGAAUACUCACACUGGAGAGAAGCCAUACAAGUGUGCGACAUGUGGGGCGUCGUUUUCUACAGCAGGUGCUUUACAGAUGCACAUAACAAUACACACUGGGGAGAAGCCCUUUAAGUGCGAGGUUUGUGGUGCUGGUUUUAUAACCAGACAAAAGGUUCGAAUUCACAUGAGACGACAUACCGGGGAGAGGCCCUACCUGUGCGAAAUAUGUGGUGCGGUUUAUUCUGGCAAUGAUAAGCUUCGAAUUCACAUGAAGCGACAUACCGAAGAGAAGCCCUUCAAGAGCUGAGCAUGUGGUGCGGUGUUUUUGUAGUAAUGAUAAGCUGCAAAACCGCACGAGACGACACAGAAAUGCAAAUGGACUUGUGGCACCUAAAGAUGACAUUUCUAGACCCAUGAGAAUUCAUACUUAUGAGAAACCCUUGACGUGUAAGGCAUAUGGUGUUGUUGUUUCUUUAGCAAGAUAAGCUCCGGUGAUUUGGUGAUAUUGUUUUCAAUUAAAUGGUAUCCUAUAUACGACAAUAAUGUGUAAGAACUGCAAACACGUUGUUUGAUUUGAAUAUAGUGCAAAGGUUUUAAUACUUUUCUCAAAAGUAUAGGCUGGAAGAAAACUUUAAAUGUACCGCCUAUUGUUCAUGUUUUAAACAUUACAUAUAUAUAUAUAUUGGAAAAAACACACGAUUAAAACAUAGAUUAUAAAACUAUACGGAUAUCCUAGUAAUGCUUGACAAUAAUUUUAGUUUCAUUGAACCCUAUCAAAUAAUAAGGAUAAAUGUAUUAAGACCCCGACAAGUUUUGAAACUAAAUAUAAAGUAUUUAUAACAUCCAUGUCGUAUGAAUUCGAUGACACUAAAUAUUAUCGAUUUUAUUAUAAGGCUAUGCUGUUUACAGGCAGACAUAUAAUGGAGUGAAGCCCUUCAAGUGUUAGGAAUGUGGCGUUGUUUUUGUGUUGGACAGAUAUGCUCCGAAUUCACCUGAGAUAUUUAAUGGAGAGAGGCGCUUUAAGUGUUAGGAAUGUGGUACUGUUUUUGUGUUGGAGAGAUAAGCUUCGUAUUCACUCAUAUGAGACGAA